AUGCUAUCCUAUGCGCGCAAAGCUGCCACAGUGGCACGACAUCUUCGUGGACGAGCGGCCGCAGCACGUGCUGAGGUAAAGCGUUGGGUGAAGUUGGUGGCCGAAGAAGGCCAAAUGGAUCAUCUGAUGAUUCGUGCAAGAGAUCUCUCAUUUGUACAAUACAACUGUCUCGAUAUUAUCGCAUAUUUGCUUGCUCAAUUCGCAAUCGUUCUAUGUUUUGUGGUUUUUAUUGUAAAACUUCUCCUGAAAUGGAUCUCGCUUUCUUUAAAGAAAAGUAAAACCGAAUAA